AUGGAGCGGGACAUCCAGGAGCACCGCUUCAUCGAAGCCGGCCAGUACAACGGACACCUGUACGGGACCAGUGUGCAGUCCGUGCGGCAGGUCGCGGAGAAGGGGAAACACUGCAUCCUGGACGUAUCUGGAAACGCCAUAAAGAGACUGCAGCUGGCCCAGCUUCAUCCCAUCGCGAUCUUCAUCAAACCCAAGACUGUGGAGAACAUCCUGGAAAUGAACAAGCGGCUGAGUGAGGAGCAGGGGCAGAAGACGUUUGACCGAGCUGCGAAACUGGAGCAGGAGUUCACCGAGCACUUCACCGCCAUCGUGCAGGGGGACUCUCUGGAGGACAUUUACGAGCGCGUGAAGCAGAUCAUCGAGGAUCAGUCGGAAUCUGGAGCGCACCGAGACGCACAGGGUUUGUCAGAGGAGCGUUGUAGUCAGGCUCAGUACGGCGCGUCCCCACCUCCACCACCCCUCACCACCUCCACCCUGCGUCUCAUCCACAACACACCUCCACCCCGUACUUCCUCCACACUGCACCUCCUCUAUCCCAAACCUUCUCCACACCUCCACCCCUCACCUCCUCCACACCCUCUACACCACACAUCCACCUGCAGCUCCUACACGCUGCACCUCCUCCCCCCGCCUCCUCCACACCACUCCACUUCCUCCCCACUGCCAUCCUCCCCUCCGCACCUCCUCCCCUCCGCGCCCUCCUCCCCUCCGCGCCUCCUCCCCUCCGUGCCUCCUCCCCUCCGCGCCUCCUCCCCUCCGCGCCUCCUCCCCUCCGCGCCUCCUCCCCUCCGCGCCUCCUCCACCCCGGAGCAGCAGGGCCUGUGA